AUGAUCGGCGAUUGCGACCGCUCGCGUCCGGGCCUAGUGCAGGUCAUGAUGCGGAGCGAGGGGGACUGGGAUGCCGUCUCCUCCUUUUGCGAAGUAGUCAUGCUAGCUAAGGAGGAGGCGGGACGCGUGAGGCAGCGAAGCGCUGCCUCCUCGCAACCCAGCCAUCGCGAAGGACACACCGGGCAAGAAGAAGAAAUUGAAGAGCCUCAGGAUACGUUUGCAGAGUUAUGGGGAGUAGAAACGAAAGAGGAGGAGCCUGUGUUUAAACCUAAAGAAGUGGAUCUGAGUAUACCAGAAGAAUUGCGUAAAACCAGAGAAUAUCUGGCUUUGAUACUUGCACAUGAGAGAACCAGACAAGUUAUAAAAAUGAUGAAAAAGAAUCGACUUAGAAGAGAGACGUGGGUGAAGGAGCUGACCGGAACUUUACAGCCUCCAGCCAGAUACGAGAUCAGAGAAAAAAGUUCACAACUCAUUUGUAAAGUAUUCAGAGCAUACUUCAAGUUGAAGCGACAGCGGAUUGAAGAUUGCAAGAGAGACCAACUAUUGGGACUUAAUAUUUGCGAUUCGCCGAAUUUAGACACACAAAGAGUUGAUGCAGAUAAAAUGCUUCUUAAUCGUUCAAAACUACGAACAAUUUAUGAGAAAGAGUGGAUACAACAUCGUGACAAGAUAAAAGAAGAUGUCCUUAAAUAUAGACAAGCAAAAAUCUGUGAUGAACUAAGGGACCAAAUCAGGGAGUGGUUCAUUCAAUGGUUUGAUGCAGUACGUUUUUUCUACGACAUACCAAAAGAAGGACCUGUGGCAAUCUUCAAUGGUAAUGUUCCUAGUCCUGAAGACUGGUACGAGGAGAAUGAAGCUCAAAUGCUCAAAAAUGCUGCUAACAAAAAGAAAAGUCCUCAAGAUCUAAAAUUCGAGAAACUAGAAGCAAUAAGGCAAGAAAAGUUGCUAAAACAAGAAGAAUUAAUGAAAAAGAAGUCUGAAGCACUGUUAUUAAAGAAGAUGAUGAAAAAUCCUACGAUGCAUCCAGGAUAUAAGUUCCCCGUUUCAAAAACUGUGCAAAAUCUUAAGGACGUUAUAGACUACUAUCACCAGUCAUGGGACAUAUACGAUGUAUGGGAAACUAAUGAUGUCAAAGAGAAGUAUGUUCAUGAAGUUGAUGUGAUUAAUGCUGUAAUGGAAGUGUCACUCGAAGUUCUGCCACAAGUUGAUGAAGAUAUGAGGAAAGAACUUAAACAACUGAAGACGGCUUUGAGUGAAGAUUAUAAAACUCUCGAAAAAGCAAUACCGAAGGACGUGACAAAGCCAAUGAAAAGGGAAAAGCAGAAGAAAAAGACUCGCGUUGAAUUGAAUAGUAAAAUUAAUAAAAUGAUUGAGGAUCUGGCUCUACAAGAUUUGAUCGUGGAGUAUCCUAGAGUAAAAUUAGAAGAUUUUAUUGGAGACCCUAAUUUUGGUGGAGAAGAUUUGAGGCGAAAACUUGUACCAACAUUUCCAUUCAAUUUUGAAAUCCGAGCGUACUGGUGGGAGAAGUGUCGAGAAGUAAGCCACGGUUUCCACAGGAUUCUGCUGGUGGGACCUAGAAGCAGUGGCAAAACUAUACUUGUUAAGGUCUUAGCUUCUAUUAACGAUGCAGUCCUUUUCGACUUAGACCCUAACAAGGUCCAAGGUAAUUUGCAAACGGCACCAUUCCUCAAACGUCUGGCUAAAAUGGUAGUUGCUUGUACCAAAGUCUUACAGCCUUGUGUCAUCCAUUUAAAACACGUACAGAAACUGUUUUAUAUUAAGUCACCACCGGAAGACAUAGACAUGAAUUCGGUGCUUAUAAAAAAGUACUUUGUUCAGUACUUGGUAAAAAAUAUUCGCAAGACUGACAACAUAACAAUAGUAGGUACUUGUACAGAACCAUGGUUAGCCAAAAGCAAGGGUUUAUUGAAGUGGUUUCCCACAGUACUGCUUCUACCAGACAAUACGUACUCUCAAGUCGUGCAGAUAUUAGAGGAUUGGGUGGUCAAGUAUGGAGUAAUACCAGCAAACUUCAACGUUACCAACUUGGCUUAUAUGCUGCGAGGGUAUACCUUCGGGUAUCUGAAACACGCGCUGGAGAGGUUCAUGUCGGGUGACAGAAUUAUCAAAAUAGCCGCUUAUGGACUUACUCCAAUGGAAGUCUAUGAUUAUAUUUUAAACGAUGAAAAUGCUGAAGAAGUCGAAUACGACCAAUACCUAAAAUGGUACCAAGAGAAAACCGCUCCAGGUAUGAAGGAGGUGAAGCACUUACAAGAACAGUUAGAUUUUAAGGCUGCAUUCGAGAAAUACGUUUUGAAGGCUAAAAAGGAGGGUAAAUCACACAAAACACCUGGAAGCGCCAGUACCAGUAACACAGGCACGACUGACUAA